AUGGCGCAACUCGACACGCUCGACAUCAUCGUCCUCGCCGCACUCCUUCUCGGAACGGUUGCCUAUUUCACCAAAGGCACCUACUGGGCCGUCUAUGGUGACCCCUACGGCAAUUCGCUGGCCGCCAGCAAUGGCGCAGCGAAGGCGGGCAAGUCACGAAACAUACUAGAGCGCAUGGAGGAGCAGGACAAGAACUGCGUUGUAUUCUAUGGCAGCCAAACUGGUACCGCCGAGGACUAUGCUUCGAGAUUGGCCAAGGAGGGGCACUCGAGGUUUGGUCUCAGCACCAUGGUGGCCGACCUAGAGGACUACGACUUCGACAACCUAGACAAAUUCCCCGAUGACAAACUUGCAGUCUUCGUCCUUGCUACCUAUGGCGAAGGUGAACCCACGGAUAACGCUGUCGAAUUUUACGAGUUCAUUGGCUCUGAGGAUGUUGCAUUCAGUGAGGGCGGGUCCAUUGACGACAAGCCCCUCGGUAGCAUGAAGUACGUCGCAUUCGGUCUCGGCAACAACACCUACGAACAUUACAACUCCAUGGUCCGCAACGUCGACAAGUAUCUCACCAAGCUUGGUGCUACCAGGCUCGGAGCUGCUGGUGAGGGUGACGAUGGCGCUGGCACCAUGGAGGAAGACUUCUUGGCCUGGAAAGAGCCCAUGUGGGCUGCUGUCACCGAGUCCAUGGGUCUCGAGGAGCGCGAAGCCGUUUACGAGCCAAACUUCGAGAUUACCGAGAAGUCAGACGUCGACGCCGAGUCCACAGAGGUCUACUUGGGCGAGCCUAACAAGAACCACUUGGAGGGGUCGCAGAAGGGACCCUACAACGCCAACAACCCGUUCAUCGCACCCAUCGCCGAAUCCACCGAACUCUUCACCGCCAAGGACAGGAAUUGCUUGCACAUGGAAAUCGAUGUCUCUGGCUCCAACCUAUCGUACACUACGGGAGAUCAUAUCGCUGUGUGGCCCACAAAUUCUGGAAAGGAGGUUGAUCGCUUCUUGAACAUCCUCGGUCUUGCCUCCAAGCGCCACACGGUCAUUGCCGUUAAGAGUCUUGAUGCUACUGCUAAGGUGCCUUUCCCAUCCCCGACCACCUACGAUGCUGCCGUUCGAUACCACAUCGAGAUCGGCGCCCCCGUCUCCCGUCAAUUCGUCUCCACCAUCGCGCAAUUCGCCCCCAACGACGAGCUCCGUGCCGAACUCGCUAAGCUUGGAGGUGACAAGGAUUAUUUCCAUGAGAAGAUUUCCGAUCGUCAACUCAACAUUGCCCAGUUCCUUGAGAUCGCGUCUGGUGGCAAGCCUUGGGAGCAGAUCCCAUUCUCUCUCAUGAUCGAAGGAUUGCUCAAGAUCCAGCCCCGCUACUACUCCAUCUCCUCGUCGUCUCUAGUCCAGAAAAACAAGAUCUCGAUCACCGCGGUUGUUGAAUCGUUGGAGAAGCCAGGUUCACCACACAUUCUGAAGGGUGUCACCACCAACUAUCUCUUGGCUCUGAAGCAGAAGCAGCACGGCGAUCCCAACCCCGAUCCCCAUGGACUCAACUACGCAAUCAAUGGUCCCCGUAACAAGUACGAUGGUAUCCACGUCCCCGUCCAUGUCCGCCACUCGAACUUCAAGCUUCCCUCGGAUCCAUCCAAGCCCAUCAUUAUGGUUGGUCCCGGUACCGGUGUCGCUCCCUUCCGAGCCUUCGUGCAGGAGCGCGCCGCACAGGCCAAGGCUGGACAAAACGUUGGAAAGACGAUCCUUUUCUUCGGUUGCCGGAGAAAGGACGAGGAUUACAUCUACCAAAAUGAGUGGAAGGAAUACAAGGAAGCUCUUGGCGAUAACUUCGUUCUCCACGUUGCUUUCUCACGUGACGGCCCAAAGAAGGUUUACGUGCAGCACCAGAUGGCCAACUAUGCCGACGAGCUCAACCAGCUUCUCGACCAGAAGGCCUACUUCUACGUUUGCGGUGACGCAGCCAACAUGGCUCGCGAAGUCAACACGCUCCUCGGCAAGAUGAUCGCAAAACACCGCAACGUGUCUGAGCAGAAGGGAGAGGAAAUCGUCAAGGCGAUGAGGGCCUCGAACCAAUACCAGGAAGACGUCUGGUCAUGA